UCUCAGCAGAACCUUUCCCCCCCGGGUGGCAAAACCUGGCACGUGACCAGUGGGGGUCAUGGUGAACAAAAACCACGGGGCCCCAAGCUUCAGUGUCCUUCGGCCCCGACGAGUGGGAUGCCUCCUCUACUCUUGGGGUUCGGAGGGGCCACCCCUUCUCUUCUGGGCACUCACACGCUUACACGGACCUCCAGGGACAGACAGGAUGGUUUGCUGUGUGGCCUCAGGUCCUGGCGGUGACCUCUCAGGGGCCUUCGUCCCCAGUCCGGCCCCUACACAGCCCCUCACCCCAUCUGGUCGCUUCUGCCCCAGGUCUCCCCUUACCAGUGUCCCUAGAGCAGGUCUGAGUGGGGACCCAUCCCAGGGGAGCAGGUAGGUGGCAGGAUGCAGCUCUACCCAGGGUGAGAACCUGCCGCGCCCAGGUCUGGGCCUGUCGGGGACCAGGGAUGGGCAGAGGUCGCCGGACCCGAGGUGCAGCUGCGUCCACAGCUGUGCAUGGCGGCAGGGGGUCUGCAUGCCGCCUGCCCUUCCUCUGGUGCCCCGGUUGCCCCGCACCAGAGGCUCAAAAGGAAAAGCAGGCCAAGCAGGUUCCUGCUCUGAAGGACGUGCGGGUCCCAGGAGCCAGCCACACACUCGGCCCUCAGCCGUCUCUCCGGAGGUCCUGUCGCCGGCCCAGCUUCCCCCCCUGUCACCACCAAGCCUGCUCAGAGGAGACACCCAACCUGCCUAACCUGUCUGACGUCACCGUCUCUCCACCCACCUGGGCCCCAGGUCCCGCGCCUGCCCUUCCUGUUCUCCGCUUCCGUCUCUCCCUACAGCGGGGCCACCUGCCAGAGCCCAGCGCCCCAGGCCCCGCCGGCCCUGCCCGCCCUCCACCCCUGGCUGUGGAAGCUUCUUCACCCCCAAUGAGAGGACGGGAGGAUCCCGGUCUCUUGAGAGCUGAAGGCUGAGGGCAGUGAGCCAGCACGUAGACCCGUCACCUCUGUCCUCAAAGACACCUGCGCCCUCCAUGCGGAGCCAAGAUGGGGAGCAGGGCCGAGGAAGAUUAUAACUUUGUCUUCAAGGUGGUGCUGAUCGGCGAGUCGGGUGUGGGGAAGACCAACCUGCUAUCCCGGUUCACGCGCAACGAGUUCAGCCACGACAGCCGAACCACCAUCGGCGUCGAGUUCUCCACCCGCACCGUCAUGCUGGGCACCGCCGCUGUCAAGGCCCAGAUAUGGGACACGGCCGGCCUGGAGCGGUACCGAGCCAUCACCUCGGCGUACUACCGUGGCGCAGUGGGGGCCCUCCUGGUGUUUGACCUGACCAAGCACCAGACCUACUCCGUGGUGGAGCGCUGGCUGAAGGAGCUGUACGACCACGCCGAGGCCACCAUCGUUGUCAUGCUCGUGGGCAACAAGAGUGACCUCAGCCAGGCCCGGGAGGUGCCCACUGACGAGGCCCGCAUGUUCGCCGAAAACAACGGGCUGCUGUUCCUGGAGACCUCGGCCCUGGACUCCACCAACGUGGAGCUGGCCUUCGAGACUGUCCUCAAAGAGGUGUUUGCAAAGGUGUCCAAGCAGCGGCAGAGCAGCUCCCGGACCAGCACCAUCACUGUGGGCGGCACCCAGGCUGGGCAGGAGCCCGGCCCUGGUGGGAAGCGGGCCUGCUGCAUCAGCCUCUGACCUGAGCUCGGCCAGCCAUGUCCCCCAAGCCCAGCCAGCCCCUGCCCUGCGGUUCCGGAUGUCACCGUGGCCAGUCCCCAUGCGCCCCCAACAGAGCUCUAGGUCUCCAGGCCCCGCCCACAUGCCGCUGUCAUCCGCCACCCCCACAGAC